GAGACGGAUCAGAGUUUGGGGGAGAAGGGAAGAGAUUAACCGGGGAGGUAAACAGCAAAACUGCUAGCAUUUAGCUUUAGCCUCUGGAUAUUCCGGAAGCCCAAUUGACAGCGCCUCUUCCCCAGCAGUCCGUCCUUGCCUCGUCUUUCCUCGAGUGCGCAUUGGCCCAAAGUAGCAGCUAUCCGUCCAGUUUCAGUUCCAGACAAGUAACCCUGCGGUUCCUCAUCCGAGCGUGACAGAGCUACGUGGGCAAACCCCAAACAAAGCGCGCUCCACUGGGAACACUCGGUGUCCUGUUACCUGUCAUCGGAUGCACAACACGAUGUUGCGAUACGCCGCAUUACGACGGGGCCUUCGGACUGUGAGGAAGGCGUGUCUUCUUUACCGCCACGCCCACUCCGCCCCGCAGAGCCACUACCGACCGAUCAAGAAAGUGAUGGUGGCGAAUAGAGGUGAGAUCGCCAUCCGCGUGUUCCGAGCCUGCACCGAGCUGGGGAUUCGAACGGUGGCCGUCUACUCGGAACAAGACACCGGACAGAUGCACAGGCAAAAAGCAGACGAGGCCUACCUGAUUGGGAAAGGUCUACCGCCUGUCGCUGCUUACUUGGACAUCCCUGACAUCAUCAAAGUAGCCAAGGACAACAACGUGGACGCCAUCCAUCCCGGUUACGGCUUCCUGUCGGAGCGCUCGGACUUUGCCCAAGCCUGCGCCGACGCCGACGUCAUGUUUGUCGGCCCGACUCCGGAAACUGUCCGCAAGAUGGGAGACAAAGUAGAAGCCCGCGCCUUGGCCAUCAGCGCCGGCGUACCGGUGGUUCCUGGGACUGACUCCCCCAUCAGCAGCCUGCAGGAGGCCCACGCCUUCGCCCAGACUUACGGCUUCCCCAUCAUCUUCAAAGCGGCCUACGGGGGCGGCGGUCGAGGCAUGAGGGUGGUCCGAGAGUACGAGGAACUGGAGGAGAAUUACCAGCGGGCCUACUCUGAAGCGCUGACGGCUUUCGGCAACGGCGCUUUGUUUGUUGAGAAGUUCAUUGAAAAACCCAGACACAUUGAAGUGCAGAUUCUCGGAGAUAAAUACGGAAAUGUCGUCCACCUCUACGAGCGAGACUGCUCCAUUCAGCGGCGCCACCAAAAGGUGGUGGAGAUUGCGCCGGGUUUCCAACUGGAUCCUCAGCUGAGAAACAAACUCCAUUCGGAUGCUGUCAACUUGGCCAAACUAGUGGGCUACGAGAACGCGGGGACCGUGGAGUUCUUGGUGGACAAACACGGCAAGCACUACUUCAUUGAAGUCAACUCCCGGCUUCAGGUGGAGCACACAGUCACCGAGGAAAUCACAGACGUGGACCUGGUGCACGCCCAGCUACACGUGUGUGCUGGCCGCAGCCUGCCGGAACUGGGCCUCAAGCAGGACAAAAUCAGGGUCAACGGUUGCGCCAUCCAGUGCAGGGUGACCACUGAGGACCCGGCAAGAGGUUUCCAGCCCGACACCGGCAGGAUCGAGGUAUUCCGGAGCGGCGAAGGUAUGGGCAUCCGUCUGGACAGCGCCUCCGCCUUUCAGGGCGCUGUCAUCUCGCCGCACUACGACUCCUUGCUCGUCAAAGUCAUCGCCAGUGGCAAGGACUUGCAAACCGCUGCUUCCAAGAUGAGCCGAGCCCUGGCGGAGUUCAGAGUCCGAGGGGUUAAGACAAACAUCCCGUUCCUCCAGAACGUGUUCUCCAACCACCAGUUCCUCCACUCCACCGUGGACACGCAGUUCAUCGACGAGAACCAGGAACUGUUCAACCUCAAGCCCACGCAGAACCGAGCGCAGAAGCUUCUACACUAUCUAGGUCACGUGAUGGUGAACGGACCAACCACACCCAUCCCAGUGAAGGCUAAACCUUCCUCCAUUGAUCCUGUCAUCCCUCCCGUCACCAUGGGAGACCCUCCAAUAGGAUUCCGUGACGUCCUACUACGCGAUGGUCCGGAGGGUUUCGCCAAGGCCGUGCGUGCCCACCAGGGCCUCUUGCUGAUGGACACCACCUUUCGAGAUGCCCACCAAUCCCUGCUGGCCACCAGGGUGCGCACCCACGACUUGAAGAAAAUCUCGCCGUUUGUCAGCCAUAACUUUAGCAACCUUUUCAGCCUGGAGAACUGGGGAGGUGCCACCUUCGACGUGGCUAUGCGCUUUCUGUCCGAGUGCCCGUGGAAGAGGCUCCAGGAGUUGAGGGCUUUGAUCCCCAACGUUCCCUUCCAGAUGUUGCUGAGGGGCGCCAACGCCGUGGGCUACACCAACUACCCUGACAAUGCAGUGUUCAAGUUUUGCGAGGUGGCAAAAGAGAACGGCAUGGACGUCUUCCGCGUUUUCGAUUCCCUCAACUACCUGCCCAACAUGCUGCUCGGUAUGGAGGCCGCCGGGUCGGCGGGAGGCGUCGUGGAGGCCGCCAUUUCCUACACGGGUGACGUGUCCGACCCCAUGAGGCAGAAGUACUCCUUGGGCUAUUACCUGGAGCUAGCGGAGGAGCUGGUCAAAGCUGGAACGCACAUUCUUUGCAUCAAGGAUAUGGCUGGCCUGCUCAAGCCAGAGUCCAGCAAGCUACUAAUCGGCGCUCUGAGGGAACGAUUCCCGCACGUGCCCAUACACGUGCACACGCACGACACGGCCGGCGCAGGCGUGGCCGCCAUGUUGGCGUGCGCGGAGGCCGGAGCCGACAUUGUGGACGUGGCGGUGGACUCCAUGGCCGGCAUGACGUCUCAACCUAGCAUGGGCGCGAUGGUAGCCUGCGCUAAAGGGACCAAAAUGGACACCGGUAUCGCAUUGGAGAAGGUGUUUGACUACAGCGAGUACUGGGAAGUGGCUCGAGGCCUGUACGCGCCGUUUGACUGCACGGCCACCAUGAAGUCCGGCAACGCCGACGUCUACGAGAACGAGAUACCCGGAGGACAGUACACCAACCUCCACUUCCAGGCGCACAGUAUGGGCCUGGGGAAUAAGUUCAAAGAAGUGAAGAAGGCCUACACUGAAGCCAACAAACUUCUGGGAGACCUUAUUAAGGUGACGCCGUCGUCCAAGAUCGUCGGCGACCUGGCCCAGUUCAUGGUGCAGAACAACCUGAGCCGCGCCGAGGUGGAGGAGCGGGCCGACGAGCUGUCCUUUCCUCUGUCCGUGGUGGAGUUCCUGCAGGGCUACGUCGGGAUACCGCACGGAGGAUUCCCGGAGCCCUUUAGAUCCAAGGUACUCAAGUCCCUCCCGCGCAUCGAGGGACGCCCCGGCGCCUCCUUGCCGCCGAUGGACUUCAAGUCUUUGGAGGACGGGCUGCGGGCGGCGCACGGUGAAGACAUCACGACCGAAGAUGUCAUGUCGGCGGCUAUGUACCCCAAGGUCUUUCAGGAAUUUAAGGAAUUUACCGCAAACUUUGGGCCGGUGGACUGUCUGAGCACCCGACUCUUCCUGGAUGGUCCAAAGAUCGCUGAGGAAUUUGAGGUGGAGCUGGAGAGGGGCAAGAUCCUGCACAUCAAGGCUCUGGCCCUGGGUGACCUGAACAAAGCAGGCCAACGGGAAGUCUUCUUCGAGCUCAACGGCCAGCUGAGAUCGGUGCUGGUUAAAGACACUGUCGCCAUGAAGGAGAUGAAGUUCCAUCCUAAGGCCCAGAAGUCCAUCAAGGGGCAGGUGGGCGCGCCCAUGCCUGGGAAAGUGCUGGAGGUCAAAGUGGAAGUGGGCUCCAAGGUGGAAAAAGGUCAGCCUCUCUGCGUCCUUUCCGCCAUGAAAAUGGAGACGGUGGUCAACUCCCCGCUGUCAGGCACGGUCAAGGCAGUCCACGCCGUCGCCGACUCCUCCCUGGAGGGUGACGACCUGAUCCUGGAGAUCGAAGAGUAGCGUGAGAGGGUCGGGGUCGUGCUUUGGGGGAGGCGUUGUGUACAGUUUAGGUCACGCUGAAGUUAUCUUAAAGUAUGAAGCGUGAGACCUGCCAAAUAAUAUAUGACAACGUCAAAUAGUGCUACAUUCCGUCACCAGUCUUAAACCCUCUACGUUACUUUGCAGGGACUAAACCAGACUGUGUUCUUUUCUCCCCCAAAGCUCCGCUAAUUCACUUCUUCAUUAAUACUCUGUCAUGUGAUGGGAAAUUAGCCGGACUAAUAAGAGACUCUGGAGACCCCCGGCAGCAGUGGCGCAGCUCCGUAUCCUCAACGCAUGUGCGUUCGCAUACAUUAGUCUAAUUGUGUGUGCACAAGAACAUUUCUAAGCAGCUCCAAAGUGGGGGAAAAAAAACAAAAAGCAUAUCCUAAAUGAUGUGAAAUAUUCCCAAACACACGCAAACGACUAAGGUUGCGCCACGAGCUCCCAUCGCCCUGAAACUCAACUUUUAAAGCACAGCAGGUCAUUUCUUCACUUGAAAAGACAAUUUUUUGCUUCUAGCAUCAAGCAAUCCGUUACUCUUAUAAGCAUUUUUUUUGUAUCUUCCAAAUGUUUGUUUACGCUUUCAUAUGCAACAUGUCUCGCAAAACUGUUGGUUUACAUUUUAGCUGCUGGAGGUGCAAAUGUGUAGCCUGUACUGGGGGGAAAAAGUAACUUUAAAAUAAAAACACUACAAAAAAAGGGAUUCAGUAUCUAGAGCUCUAAUUGUACUUGUCUUACAAAUAAAGUUGAAUGGAA